AUGAUUGCAAUUGCAAUGUUCUUAGCUGAAAGCUUAUCGAGCCCAUCCUCGUCGACUUCACCUUCAUCAAGCAAUGCGUCUAACAAAUCUUCCCUUUUCUUUCCGAUUCCCGAUUCCCUCUCCCGAAUCCUAUCCUCCACAAUCCCGGAAGCAAACACUAUCAACCUUCCCAAAUACUUGGCCGUGUUCCUCCUAAUCCCUUGCGGAUCGAUCCAUUUCAAAAAGGGGAAAAAAUCGGCCACGUUAGGCUUUCCUAACCACUCCAAAAACAUCAAGAAGUUGUCGAAAAAAUCACUCUCCCCGUCGAGCUUCUUCCCCAUAACGUCCCCCGACAGCACAAUAUUCCCGACCGUAUUAAAAGCCGACACGAAAAGGAACCGAUCCAGUCGAACCUCUCCCGACGAUCCAUUCUCCUUACAUUUCGCUACGUCACGCUUGAUCCACUCGAUCAUUUCAUCCACGCCUUUUUGCCUAAUGGCCCCGAUGGCGACGGAUCCACGGUUGUACCCUAAGGCCGUUAGCGAGUCGGGAGCUUUCCGGUCAGCAAAUUGGAGAUCGCGUUUCUUGAAGAGCUCGGCGGCUGCUUCGGAUGAUUGUACCACGACGGUGUUGACGGAGCCGAGCCUGAGGUGA